CUGUAUCAAGCACUGCUCAGACGGUCGCAUGAAGUGUUCUACGAGUCGCCUAGCUAACACCUGCCUAGCUAGCAAGUCUUAUUUAGCUAAAUUAUUAAUUGAGAGAUCUAUCACUUCGUGUUUAAAAUCAAAUAAGCCUAUUUCUAGUUGGUUUCUAUCCUAUCCUGUCGGAACUACCAUCGCUGGGUGGAGCCAGCUAUUACAACUAUUUCUACUCAUUAACGGACCCAGCUCUCCCGAAGCAGUCCUCUUCGAACUUCUUUACUCGCAGUUACCACGGUGUUUUGCUGCUGGAAACAAUUCUUCAGAUAACAACAGCGGUGAUAAUUUGAACACCAAAGUAUCCAAAUUGGAACAAAUUGGCUUCGAGACAGGCUACAGACUCGUUGAACGACUAACGAAAGACUGCCCGCGUUUUAAAUCAGAACUCGAUAUCGUCAAGUUCAUCUGUACGGAAUUUUGGUCGGCCCUAUUUAAAAAACAGGUGGACAACUUGCGCACAAAUUACCAGGGUGUCUACGUCCUCCAAGAUCUCCGAUUUCGAUUUCUUGCUGCGAUGUCAUCAUCUAAACAAUACAUGGAGUCUACACCAUGCUACCUUGCUUUUCCCUGCGGGUUGAUCCGGGGAGCUCUGUCUAACCUUGGUGUGACGUCGGUCGUCACAGUAGAAGUGACAGAAUUGCCUAGCUGUAAAUUUCAGAUACAAGCACAGCCCUCAUAGGCUGUAGAUUUUUAAAAUGUAAUUUCUACUGGCUCUAUUCUAUGAACGAACAUUUAUGUAACAUG